AUGUCCUCCCGGCAUCCAGACAAUCCCGGCCAGUCACGGUCCCCGGCGGCCAGCCGGAGGGUGGAGCGGUCGUGUGUCAUCUGCCACCGCCGCAAGGUGCGCUGCGACAAGCAGGCGCCGUGUUCGCAGUGUUCUCGCGGCGGGUACACAUGCCUCUAUCCGCAGACCGGGCCGCCGGUGCGCCGUGCCCGGAAGACGACCAUCACGGACGUGGCGAGCCGCAUCUCGGAGCUGGAGAAGACGCUGAUUGCCGUGUCUCGCGAGCACGAGGUGCAAUUGAGCAUUCGGCCGUCGUCACACACAAGCACCGUCGCGAGCCACACGACGUCGCCGACCUUUGAACCUCGGGCUCGGCGUCCAGAGUCGGAAGUCGCCGACGGGAGUCCUAGCGAUGAGAUCUUGCUGAAGAAGGGGACUUCGAGCCAAUACUUCAACGAAGUGCUGUUUUCUCGUGUAAUUGAACAGGAACAUGAUGUUCGCUCGGCGCUGUCAACGCCAAGGAGCCGGUCUCCGCAAUCGCCCACGACAUCGCCAUUCAACCCGAUGGGCAUCUUGUCCAGCAAGUGCUUCGACGAACCACUGACCUCCUAUCUCCCACCAAAGCUGGCGGCCAUGCAGCUGUGGAGAGUGUUUGUGGACAACGUCGACCCGUGCUCCAAGGUCCUCCACAUUCCCACCGACGAAAUCACCAUUUACACGGCCAUCGACGACCCGAGCAGUGCAUCGCCCGAGGUUCUGGCCUUGUGCUGUGCCGUGUACUUCGCCGCGACUGUCGCCUUGGAGCCUGCCGAGGUAGCGAGCAUUCUCGGAUACGAUAAAUACGGAAUUCUUCAUCAGUUCAAGAAGGGUAUCGACCAGGCGUUCGCCCACAGCGACUUCCUGGAGGCUCCGACUGUGGUGCUACUCCAAGCGCUCGCAGUCUACAUGGCCGCUGUGCGAGUCCACAACUCUGGACGAGGCAUCUGGGUCUUGAAUGGCCUCGCAAUCCGAGCUGCGGAAUCGCUAGGGCUGCAUAGAGACGGGAAAAAACUCAACCUGCCCCCGUUCGAGUCCGAAAUACGACGUCGAGUCUGGUGGCAUUUAGUAGCUCGAGAUGGGAGAGCUGCCGAAGAUCACGGCCUGAACAACACAUAUAGUGCCGCCCUGAUGUCCAGUGUUGACUUGCCGCUCAACCUGGAGGACUCCGAUCUGUAUCCAGACAUGGAAGAACUACCCCCGCCCCGUCCUGGCUGGACUCGUAUGACUCUGGCUCUGGUGAAUCUAGGUGUUGCUCGAGCAUGUGGCCAUUUGCUGCAGUCUACUCCCGUCACCGGGACUUCACGGGAGGAAUUCCGCGCGCAGGUCGUCGGCGAAGCCAAGGCAGUCAUGGCCGAUGUUCUCAACCGAUGCAACCAUGUCAUCCCGCAGCAACGAAUGACCAUCACGGUAGCGCGAUUUAUUCUGCGGAAACUCGAUCUCGUGUCGCGCCAGCGGGAGAUGAUGAACAAUCCUAUCCAGCUGGCAAGCGAAGAGAACCUUCUUGAAGCACUGAGUCUCCUCGAAGAAGCGGAACACAUGUGGACAGAUGAACUCCUCCGGCCCUUCGGCUGGUCGAUGCGCGCAUACCCGCAGUUCCACAUGAUGCUCUACAUCCUGUGGUAUCUAUGCGUUCAACCGCAGCGGCCCAGUGCUGCUCGGGCGUUGAUAGUCGUCGAGAACCAUCUGGAAAAGACGCGGAAGAUGGAUGCGUGCGCGACCAAUGAGUCCAAGUGGAUGGUUCUUGCGACUCUCAAGUCAAAGGCCACUUCGAUUAUGCAGUCUACGGGCGGAGACAGCUCUGGGACUGAAGGGGCAUGUGUGGCUCCCCAAGUAGUCGACGAUGGCAUGGCUCUCCUUGGAUGGAAGACGGGGAUGGAGACAAGCGGAGGACAUGAAUUCGAUGGGCCGCAGGGGAUGCUGGAUUGGAGGACGCUCUUGGAGGACUUCCAGCUGGACUCAACUGACGUGUCGAUUAUUUAA